UCAGAGCAUCAGACAAUUCUGGAGGAGGCAGUGACUGUGAAGAGAGAGAUGCGUCGCUGUCACCUCUCAGGUCAGAGUUCAUCUGGUGAAGUGGGGGACAGUGAGGUCAACGUGUCUCUCAUGGCUGAUCUCCUCAAGACCCAGCUUGUUGAAGCAGAGAUUUACCUCGGAGCGUUCUCUGCUGAGAGCAAUGAGGACUUGAUAGAAAACCAGCAAGCAAUAGCCGCUGAGCUGACCCAGAGUCAUGCGAUCAACAUUGCUGAUGUGGUCUUCACUGCUGAAGGUCAUGACUCGGCUGACUCUCUGAACCAAGACGGACUACUGGAGGAAGCUGUGGAUGGGAAAUAUGAUGCCCUCAGAGAUCAGCUGUUGAUCCAGGCUCUGAUCAAUGAGAUGGGAGAAGCGGAGUGGAAUCGCCUCUCGGAGAAGGAGCGGCAACGCCGUCUGAUGGAGCUUAAGCUGAAGGAAAGACAACUCAGAAGAGAAGGACGAUAUGAUGAAGCGGCUGCUCUUCUCGGUACUUACUUAUUUAUACCGUUGUUUAUAUUUCAUUAUUGUAGUGCCGUUAUACUACACAG